AGCAACUUACGUUCUUCACCAAUACAAGUUGACAUAGAAUUAUAAAAAGGGGUGCCAGAUUUUCCUCUCAUUUUCUUCUCCCCCUUUUUCCAGACACGAAUUUAGAACCCUUUCUAACGAUUCGCAAAACCAAACGCCAUAAGAAACUCUUUCUAAAACAAUCACAAGUCUCUCGCUUUUUGUUGAUCGUCUUCUUCUCCGUCAACUUUUUACUUCUCCCUGCAACCAACGCUGUCUCUGCAUCGAUUGUAUCGCCAAAUCCCAAAUCAUUCACUUUCUUUUGCUUUAUAAGUAAUAAUGGCUGCAACUAUGUUCCACCAAUCCAUUGGUACUCUCGAGCCUCGAGGGUAUAUUGGUAAUUCUGCCCUUCACCAGGAAUGUGGAAGUAUUCCUAUGAGGUUGAUGGCAAGAAGUUUAAAAUUCGGGACUGGACCAUUGAAAAGAGAACAUUAUUGCUCUAGAAAGAGAAGUUGUGGAUCAAUUCAAGCAUCAUCAUCAUCAUCAUCAUCUUAUCAAACUUCAGAGUGCAAUCCAUUAAAUGGCAACACUUCCAAGAAACCAAGUGAAGCGGCUUUGAUAUUGAUAAGGCAUGGUGAGUCUCUUUGGAAUGAGAAGAACUUGUUCACAGGUUGUGUUGAUGUGCCAUUGACAAAGAAGGGUGUGGAGGAAGCCAUUGAAGCUGGAAAAAGAAUAAGCAAUAUACCAAUUGACAUGAUUUAUACUUCCUCUUUGAUUCGUGCACAAAUGACUGCUAUGCUUGCCAUGACUCAACAUCGUCGCAAAAAGGUGCCUAUUGUGAUGCAUGAUGAAAAUGAACAAGCCAAGGCUUGGAGUCAAAUUUUCAGUGAAGAAACAAAGAAGCAGUGUAUACCUGUUGUGACAGCUUGGCAACUAAAUGAAAGAAUGUAUGGGGAACUACAGGGUUUAAAUAAGCAGGAAACAGCAGAUAAAUAUGGAAAAGAACAAGUGCAUGAAUGGAGGCGUAGUUAUGAUAUUCCUCCACCAAAUGGGGAGAGUUUGGAAAUGUGUGCUGAAAGAGCCGUUGCAUACUUUACACAACAAAUUGAACCUCAACUGCGAGCAGGAAAGAAUGUAAUGAUUGCUGCACAUGGGAAUUCCUUAAGAUCCAUCAUAAUGUAUCUUGACAAACUCACUUCUCAAGAGGUAAUAAGUUUGGAACUAUCAACGGGGAUACCGAUGCUUUACAUUGCCAAAGAGGAAAAAUACAUCAGAAGAGGAAGUCCAGCAGCUCCUACUGAGGCUGGUGUCUAUGCUUAUACUAAGAAUUUGGCUAAAUACAGGCAGAAGUUAGAUGAGAUGCUGCAUUAAUUAAUGUUGAAGAAUCUCACCUGCUUAAUUAUAAACAAUGGAAUUUAGCUUAGAUCGUGUUUACUACCCAUAUAUGAAUGAACAUUGGUGAAGCAGUGGAAAAGCAAAUUCUCUACUGCUUUAUUAAUUGAAAAUAAAAUGUUUUUUUGUUAUUAUUUAAAUAGUGGAUGAUGGCUUUAUUUAUAGAAAG